AUGACCAACGACAGACGUCGGCAAUGGACGCUGGCGCUGGUGACGGCGGCGUCUCUGCUCGAGCGCGCGGACGAGGCGCUGCUGCCGGCCGUGUACAAGGAAGUGGGCGAGGCGCUGGGCGCGUCCCCGGCCGCGCUGGGAUCCCUCACGAUGUGCCGCUCGCUCGUGCAGGCCGUGUGCUACCCGCUCGCCGCGUGCGCCGCGGCGCGCUACGACCGCUCCGGCGUCAUCGCCGUCGGGGCCUUCCUCUGGGCCGUCGCCACCAUGCUCGUCGGCGUCUCUCGCACUUUUCUCCAGAUGGCGAUCGCGAGGGGGUUUAACGGCGUGGGCUUGGCGCUGGUGGUGCCGGCGAUGUACUCCCUGGUGGCGGACUACAGCGAAGACUCGACGCGCGGCUCGGCGUUCGGGUGGCUGGUGAUGGCGAGCCGUGUGGGUGCCAUGGUGGGGGGCUCCCUCGGGGUGCUGCUCGCGCCGACGACCUUCCUCGGCGUCGCCGGCUGGCGGCUACCCUUCCACAUAGUCGCGCUUUUCAGCGUCGCGCUCGCCGUCUCCACGUGGUUCCUCGCCUCCGAUCCCCGUCCGGCGAAAACGUCCAAGAAGACCACGGCCAAGGUGGCCAAAGAACUUAUCAUGGAGGCCAAGGACGUGAUGCGCGUGCCGACAUUCCAGAUCCUGGUGGCGCAGGGGGUAGCCGGGUCGGUGCCGUGGUCGGCGCUCACCUUCGCCGCCAUGUGGCUGGAGCUCGUGGGGUUCACGCACUGGCAGACCACCGUAAUCACCAACCUCAACGUGCUCGCUGCAGCAUUCGGCGCACUCUUCUCCGGGUACAUCGGAGACCCCAUGGCGCGGCGGUUCCCGAACGCCGGCCGGAUCGCUCUGGCGCAGGUGAGCACGGCGUCAACCAUCCCGAUCGCCGCCGUCCUGCUGCUUGCGUUGCCCAACGACCCGUCGGCGGGGGCCGCGUACGCCGCCGUCUUCUUCGUCCUGGGCUUCGUCAUGCCCUGGUGCCCCGCGGCCACCAACAACCCUAUUUUAGCGGAGAUCGUGCCGGAGAAGGCAAGGACGACGGUGUACGCGCUGGACAGGUUCUUCGAAACAAUCUUGUCCUCGUUCGCGCCAACUCUCGUGGGCAUCCUGGCGGAGCGGGUAUUCGGAUACAAGCCAGCUGCGCCCGGCGCCGCUGGCGUCGAGAACGAACGGGAGAACGCCGCCGCGCUGGCCAGGGCAGUUUUCGCGGAGGUCGCCGUCCCCAUGGCCGUCUGCUGCAUCACCUACUCCUUGCUAUACUGCACGUACCCAGCAGACAGACAGCGGGCGCAGAUGGCAGCUGAUCUCGUGGCGAAAAAUGAACAGGACUCUGAAGAUCCUGAUGCUGGCACUCCUGUUACUGUGGAUAGCAUAAACCAGGCACUCCUAGCCAGAAGUGACUAG